AUGGAGAUUUUUCACAAAGGCGACAUCAUCGGUCGAUCGUCCUUGUCAAGUGACACGUUGCAGUCCAAGGACUUUGAGAGUGGAAACCACUUUAAGGAGCACAAGUCACCUAUUCAUGGUGGAGCUUUGCGUGAGGGUGGUGCUCCCAAUCUCCUGAGUAAAGACUGCUUGGGUCUACUGGUUCAGUAUGCUGCUGUCGGUCUUGUUUACGGUGUGUUACCAGCCACGACCUACCCGUUCUUACAGAACUACCUCAAUGCAUCGGGUGCUCAAGUGACAACGGCAAACACUCUGCUAUUUCUACCGUGGAGUUUUAAAUGUUUCUACGGGAUCUUGUCCGACUGUGUUCCAUUGUGGGGAUAUCGUCGUCGGCCAUGGAUGGUAAUUGGGUGGAUCAUUUGUUUGAGCAUGCUGAUCAUUAUGGCUUGCAUGCCGGCGGGAGACCCGUACUACACAGUGUCUGCUGAUCGUGACAUCAAGCCGGCUGAUUACACGCCUGAGAUCAAAGCCCGCAUCAAUUUUAAAGCGGCUUCACAAGCUGCCAAGUAUGUCAUGCUCAUGUGUUUUGCCGCUGCGGGCUACGUAUUGGCAGACGUCUGUGCCGAUAGUAUCGUGGUGGAAUUUGCGCAACGUGAGCCGCUCGAGUCACGCGGCAAGACCCAAUCGGCCAUAUAUACCGUACGCACAGUCUUUGUCAUUAUCGGCCAGCUUCUGACUGGUUUCUGCUUUAACGGUGAAAAGUAUGGCGGUGACUUUGACUUCUCGCUCACUUUUCCCCAGCUCAUGAUAAUUCUUGCCGUCCUACUGGUACCGGUUAUCCCAAUGACUUGGUUCUUUAUCAAGGAAGAGAAGAAACCGCAUGUGAAUUUCAUGCUCUACAUACGAGAGCUAUGGGAAUUGAUUCAGAAACGAGUGGUGUACCAAGUUAUCUUGUUCACAUUCUUUCAAGGUAUGUUCUCGCAGAUCACGUAUACGGCCAGCUCCCCCGUGCAAUCGUACCUGGUGGGUGUCACUCCAAUCAAUGACACGAUAAGCAACAUAUUGGGUACCAUUUUGAUAGUGGCCGGUAUCAUGAUUACGUCAAAGUGGGGCCUGCGAUGGAACUGGCGCUGGAUGAUCGUGUUCACUGGUGCCCUUGUCACAACUGCUGACGGCAUCACCACCUUUAUCACGAUCUGGGACGUAUUCCGUAGUCAAUGGUUCUGGCUCGGUCUGCCUAUUGCAGUGAAGCUUCCGUACGGAGUCAGCUAUGUCAUUUCUAGCUUUGUGAUCGUCGAGCUUUCUGGCACCGGUAACGAAGGAGUCGUCUAUGGGCUGAUCACCAUGGUGUCCAACUUGGCGCAGCCGUUUGCUACAGCCAUGACCCUACUGAUUGACCAGCCAUUUAACCUGACCACGAAGCGCAUUCAGACCGACGACAAAUCAAUUCGUAUGGACAUCACAUACGUGGUGAUCAUCAUGUACGCGAUGACGGUUUUCUCCUGGAUCUUCCUGAUAUUUCUACCUCGUCAGAAGGAAGAGACGCAAGCGCUCUUGCGUACUGGUGGCAGCAGCAAGAUGAUGGGUGCGAUUACUGUAGCCUAUCUCACGUUUGCGUUUGUCUGGUCUGUCAUGACCAACAUCAUGGCCAUAUUCCACAGCACGUCAUGUUUAAUAAUAGCCGGUGGUAGCGGCUGCUAA